GUAAGGAUCAGAUCCGAAUAUCGUGAUUCUUUUGACCUAUCAAUGUUCUUAAGAUCCAUCAUCUGUAUAUUACAAAAGGAACAACAGUUUAUUCAAGGUUUAGAAGAGCUUCUUAACAUGUUGUUUUCUGGAGACACGGAUCCGGCGAGAAUCAGAACGGCAACGUCAGCUCUAAAUAGCAAUUAUUAUAGCUCACCGGCGUGCGUACCUGCACUUGUGCAUAUAUUAUCGCAUUCAUCUAUCUGGCAGGUUGAAACAAUUCCUAUUUGCUUUUACAAUCUUACACAGUUGUGA